AAUUCUGUUCGGAAGGAGUGAGCUUCCAUCACUAGAAAAAAUGUACUUGAACAGAGAUUUGGUCCUGUUUUAAAGAUCAAGGGAUGUGGUCGCUACGAGUAUGUCAAUCUUUAACGUUUUCUAGAGCUUUGAUUUACAGCAGGAUCCAACAAAGGACCCUUCCAAAUAUUUAUUGCAUUCCUCAGAAAUUAACCACCAAUCAAAACCAUCCAUUAUGCCGGCAUGCAAGUAGUGGCUUAUCAUAUUACGUCUCUCAAGACUUUUAUCCCAUUUACUUAGCACAGCAAACGCUAGAGGGUAUACACUCUUUAACUCACUUGCCGUGGUGGGCAGUUAUACUGGGGACUACCAUGGUGUUAAGAACGGUUAUAACGUUACCACUAGCAAUACGGCAGAAUAAGCUAGUGACAAAAAUUGAAUUGCUACAACCUACUUUAAAGAUGAUGUCYGAUGCAUUGAAGCAUCGCAUAACUGUGGAUUGUAAGCAGGCAGGRAAAACUGCYGCUCAGUUUGAAGCCAUUUACAAGAAGAAGCAUCGUCGCAUGAUGUAUGAGUUAUACCAAAAUGAGGGCUGUAAUCCAAUCAAAAUGUUCCUGUUGCCAUGGAUACAGCUACCAUUGUGGAUAGUGAUCUCACUMUCACUUAGAAACAUGACAGGAACAAGUUAUUCUCAGAGAAAUCUCAAAGACGAAAAUUCAACGACAUUGACUGCGUUAUGCCCCGACAUGGCGACAGAAGGGACGCUUUGGUUCCAUAACCUCCUUGUCCCUGAUCCCUACAUGGUUUUACCGCUAGCUGUAGGACUUUUUAAUCUYACAAAUAUCGAAAUACAUGCACUACGACGUAAAGAUCCAACAAGACUUCAGCGUAUCUUGACGAACUCACUUCGUAUUGUCUCUGUUGCCAUGGUAAUGUUUGCAUCACAAGUGCCAACUGCAAUGUCWUUGUACUGGGCAGUUUCAGCUGGAUAUGGAGUAAGCCAAAAUCUUUUAAUGAAAUUACCAAGAGUCAGACGACAGUUAGGAAUACCAAAAACCCCAAGUGAAAGUAAACAACCUUUUAAGGACCUCAAGAAMCUAGCAAAUAUCAAAGUACAAAAUUUCAUUGAACGACAAAGACAGGAUCCAUGGAAACGAAAGUAGGAUGAUGAAACACUGACAUUGUGAGUGCUGUAURUUUUUGCCUGGAGU